AUGGAUCCUACCGCAGCAAAGAAGAGAGUACGGGCUUGUCUACCCCAAGUCCGGAAGUUGAUGAAAAUCACCGGAUGUCCUUCUGUCUCCAUCGGCAUCCUCCACGAAGGCGAGAUCAUCCUCCAGCACAGUCAAGGAUUCGCCGAUGGGAACGAAAAUUAUGUCCCGGUCAACAAUUCAACUCUCUACAUGAUCGGAUCACUCACCAAGGCCUUCAUCGCUGCGUCCUGCGGUAUACUCGUCGACGAGGGCAGACUGAGCUGGACCGAACCGCUAUCCACAUACAUACCCUUUACCCAGAACAAAGAUCCUGUCAUAGGCAAACACAUGAGUCUAUCAGAAGCCCUCUCUCAUUCCAGCGGAUUUCCACAGCUCGACAUCGCGUGGUAUGGCGCAGCAGGCGCAGAACUGCUUCUUCCAGAAGAUUUAUUACAUAUCACUGCCAACAUGCCAGUUCACGACACAUUUCGCACCGGAUUCCAUUACUCCAACUGGCCUUACGCUCUGGUGGGUAAAGUGAUUAAAGCGGUAGGCGGCGAGGAUGCCGUGGAUGGCUGGGGAGGGUUCGUCAAGAAGAGAAUCUUUGAGCCUCUCGGAAUGAGUAGAUCGACGUGUUCUCGAUGGAAAGUCGAGGGUGGAAAUCUGGCUGAGGGGCAUACGGUCUUGCACGACAGGCGACCAGUACGUUUACGAAUGCCUCAAGUUUCAGACAAGACUAUUUGUGGAGCUGCAAUGGCGAUUUGGUCGAACGUUCCGGAAAUGCUCAUCUGGUCGCAAGCAGUAAUGGAACGGUUGGAAGAAGAGGAGACGGAGAAAGGCACCAUUGAGGCCAUUCAAGGAUUGAGUCUCAACACGGAACAACACGAAGCAGUACACCACGACGACCAUACGGACGCGCAAAGCACAUCGACAAACCCGCUAAGGCGAAUCAGCCAAAUCACGUCUCGCAAGAUACCCGUUACGGACGAUACCGUCAAUGAGAACUCGUACGCAUUUGGAUGGGCAAGACACAUGAUUCCCUCGACACAACUUGGGUGGUUAUCUACCAACGGCCCACAGAGAGACGAUAUCAUCGGACGAGAAUCGCAGCCCCGGCUAACACUAUACCACGGAGGCCAGGUGACCGGAUAUCUCAACUCCAUCUAUCUCUUUCCGGAGACCAAAUCCGCUGUGGUCGUCCUGACCAACGCGCAGAGUGCUGGAGACUGCUCUGAUCUCGUUGCUCAGAUGUUCGUUCAAUCACUCUUCGAUAUGACCCCGGAAGUGGAUUUCGGUAUGAGAGCGGAGAAGCUAUCUACCCGUAGUCUGAACCGAUAUACCAAGAUGAAAGACGAUUUACAGAAGAAUCGCAUGUUAAAUACGCCAUGUCCCCAUCUCGAAAGCCUUGAGGGGACGUACCGGAACGAAGACAUACAGGGGAUUAUUCAUGUGUACAAGACAAUGGCGCAAUACGGCUACGGACAAAACCCGCAAUACGGCGCUGGGAAUGCGCAAAACCUCCAAUUCUACCCAUCGUCAUUUUCGAACCAGCCAGUAUCUGGCCAUUCCACACCAUUCCAAGCAAACUACGGCGCACCGGCGAGUCAAGCGUAUCCCGCGCAGUAUGGCGCGGGGUUCGCUGCACCGGGCGUGAGUGGGCAGAUGGGUAUGGGUGUGUCUGGGCUGCGGACGGGGUGGCUGGCGGCUUUUGGCACGGAAGGAUACGAUGGAGAGCCGCCGCUACUGGAAGAAUUGGGAGUAAACUUCAGGCAUAUACAGAUGAAGACGUUGGCUGUGCUGAAUCCGUUCGGUCGGAUCGAUCAGCAUAUCAUGGACGACAGCGAUGUGGCAGGGCCGAUACUGUUCUUCUUGAUCUUUGGGACGUCGUUACUGUUGUCUGGAAAGCUUCAUUUCGGUUACAUCUACGGCCUGGCGUUCGUUGGCACGAUCCUUCUCCACCAGAUCCUCUCGCUCAUGUCCCCGCCUGUCGUCGAAGCGACUCCAGGAGACCACGGUCACCCGCAUGGCUCGCAUCUCGGCUCCUCGUUAACGUUCCCACGAUCGGCAUCGGUGCUCGGAUACUGUCUGCUCCCUCUCGUUCUGGUAUCGAUGUUUGGAAUCAUUGUGCCGCUUGACGGGCUAUUUGGAUACCUUCUGACCAGCCUGGCCAUCACAUGGUGUUCCUACAGCUCCAGUUCCAUGUUCACCGUUGUUGGGCGCAUGACUUCCAUGCGGGGACUGGUAGCGUACCCCAUGGUUCUGUUCUAUGGCAGUUUUGGUAUCAUGGCUAUCUUCAGCUCGCGGGGCACUGGUCAGUUGGCGAAGGCGGCAGGAUCAUAA